UCUAGUAAAAUUUGCGCGCUUUAUAAGUUCAAUAGCUUAAAAGUACUGUAAGUUUUUACAUUAAUUGACAGAAUCAUGGAAGAUCAAGGAGAUAAUUCAAAAGACGAAUUCCUUUGGGAAGGUGGUAUUGAAAAAACUUGGGAAGCUGUACGCGAAGACGAUGAAGGUCGUUUGCGUACAAAUUUGUUGAAAACAUGUCUCAAGGAGCCCCGUAAAGGUGGGUCAGAUGGCGCUCCAUUGAGUAGAUUAAAUAUAAUGCGCCAUUUGUAUUUAAUUAUUGAUUGCACCGAAACUGUACAAUUAACAGAUAUUGAACCCUCACGCAUGGCGUGUACACAAAAGCUUUUGAAAUCUUUUAUUGAUCAAUAUUUUGAAAAAAAUCAGAUUAGCAAGUUGGGUAUAAUACUAUUGCGUGGAAAUCGCGCAGUUUAUGCAACUCGGUUAACUCACUUACCAGAGGAGCUGUAUGAAGGUUUGGAAAGUUUUAACAAUAGCGCUUUUCCUGGUGAGCCAUCCCUGGUGAAUGGUCUGGAAUUAGCUAUAGAACAUUUUAAGAGUUUGUCGAUUGCUGUACCAGGAGAAAUACUAAUAAUAAUGAGUUCGUUGUCAACUUGUGAUCCAUCUGAUAUUAAUAUCAUCUUAGAGACGAUAAAGGAAGCAGGCAUAAGAUGUUCCAUGAUUUCAUUUUCGGCUGAGGUGCGCUUAUUUCGUUAUUUAACUCAACAAACCAAAGGCGAAUUUGAUGUUGUGUUGGAUGGUUCGCAUUAUCGUGAUCUGUUACUAAAGCAUUGUGUGCCCCCACCGGCAGCAUUGGUUCAAAACCAAUCGUUAGUUGUUAUAGGUUUUCCAUCAUAUAAUGAUGAUAAGAAGGCAAUACUUCCAUGUGUUUGCCACACGGGCAAACCCGACGCGCCAUUAACAAGUGCUGGUUAUAUCUGUCCAAGAUGCUCAAGUAAAUAUUGUGAAAUACCUUUUGAGUGUGAAAUAUGUGGUAUGAAGUUGAUGACUGCUGCAAACUUAGCACGAUCUUAUUCCCAACUAUUUCCAAUGAAGCCAUUGAAAGAAGUGCCUCGAAGUGUAGAUAUUAAAAAAUGUUUCGCUUGUCAGGCAUCGUUCACUGAAAAGGAUAAAACUGUUUAUUAUUGUGAAAUCUGUAAACGUCAGUUUUGCCAUAUUUGCAAUACUUUCAUGCAGAAUACCAUGAACAUGUGUACUGGAUGUGCUGAUAUUCCUAAUCUCGCUUGGAAAGAACGUAUUAAUCAAGUACAAGAAAAUAAAACUAACGAAGGUGGUAGUGAUUCCAAGUAAAUUUCUUUUUGCUCUACAGAA